GAUGGUGCUGAAAGAAGAGACUCAUCAAUGGAAUAAAAUGGAAGAGAAACAACAAGAAAUAACAACUGAUGAAAAACCCACACUGACUGAAAAGACUUCAUCACACGGAAGUCCUCGGAAAUCCAAAUCCAGGUGUAAUUUCAGCAGUGAACAGUGUAGAAAGAGUUUCAUUCAAAAGCCAAACCUUGAUGUUCAAAUGAGAGUUCACACUGGGGAGAAACCUUACACCUGUGAACAGUGUGGAAAGAGUUUUGGUCAAAAAAAAAGCUUCAUAACCCACAUGAGAAUUCACACUGGAGAGAGGCCGUACACAUGCCAAGAGUGUGGACAAAGCUUCUAUCAUGCAGGAAACUUUGCAGCGCACAGGAGAAUUCACACUGGAGAGAGGCCGUACACAUGCCAACAGUGUGGAAAGAGUUUUAAGCAAAGUGGCACCCUUAAAGUUCACAUGAGAACUCACAAUGGAGGAAAAAUAUUUACUUGCACACAGUGUGGGAAAAGUUUUGCUCGAAAACAAGACCUUGACACCCACAUGACGAUCCACACUGGAGAGAAACCUUACAUAUGCACAGAGUGUGGUAAACGUUUCACAUGUAAAAGCUAUCUUAAAAUUCACAUGAUGAUCCACACUGGAGAGAAACCAUUCACAUGCACUCAGUGUGGGAAGAGUUUCAGCCAAUCAUCAUCCCUUAAUCUACACAUGAUGAACCACACUGGAGAGAAACCAUUCACAUGUCUUCAAUGUGGAAAGAGUUUCAGCCAAUCAUCAAACUUUAAUCUACACAUGAGGAUCCACACUGGAGAGAAACCAUUCACAUGUCUUCAAUGUGGAAAGAGUUUCAGCCAAUCAUCAAACUUUAAUCUACACAUGAGGAUCCACACUGGAGAGAAACCAUUCACAUGCACUCAGUGUGGGAAGAGUUUCAACUGCUCAUCACACCUUAAUCUACACAUGAGGAUCCACACUAGAAAGAAACCAUUCACAUGCGCUCAGUGUAGAAAGAGUUUCAGCCAAUCAUCAAACUUUCAUCAACACAUGAGGAUCCACACUGGAGAGAAACCAUUCACAUGCACUCAGUGUGGGAAGAGUUUUAACAGCUCAUCACACCUUAAUCAACACAUGAGGAUCCACACUGGAGAGAAACCAUUCACAUGCACUCAUUGUGGGAAGAGUUUCAACCAAUCAUCAUCUCUUUAUCUACACAUGAGGAUCCACACUGGAGAGAAACCAUUCACAUGCACUCAUUGUGGGAAGAGUUUCAGCCAAUUAUCAUCUCUUAAUCAACACAUGUGGAUCCACACUGGAGAAAAACCAUUCACAUGCACUCAGUGUGGGAAGAGUUUCAUCCGCUCAUCAUCCCUUAAUCAACACAUGAGGAUCCACACUGGAGAGAAACCAUUCACAUGCCCUCAGUGUGGGAAGAGUUUCAUCCACUCAUCACACCUUAAUCAACACAUGAUGAUCCAUACUGGAGAGAAACCAUUCACAUGCCCUCUGUGUGGGAAGAGUUUCAGCAAAUCAUCAUCCCUUAAUCAACACAUGAUGAUCCACACUGGAGAGAAACCAUUCACAUGCACUCAGUGUGGAAAGAGUUUCAACCGCUCAUCAAACCUUAAUCUACACAUGAGGAUCCACACUGGAGAGAAACCAUUCACAUGCACUCAGUGUGGGAAGAGUUUCAGCCGAUCAUCAUCCCUUAAUCUACACAUGAAGAUCCACACUGGAGAGAAACCAUUCACUUGCACUCAGUGUGGGAAGAGUUUCAGCCGAUCAUCAUCCCUUAAUCUACACAUGAAGAUCCACACUGGAGAGAAACCAUUCACUUGCACUUAAGCCGUGGUCACACUGGACUUUUCUCCCCAUAGACUUCCAUUCAUACGCAUGCGAAUACAUCAGACCGGAAACCUAGUUUGUGCAUCAAGUUUCGCAGUUCACUGCCUUGCAAAGUUCAAGCUUGGUGAACUGUGACCUGGGAAAUCGCAUCACUUGACUGUUUGAGACCAAUCGUAGAUCAAAACAUGACCUCUCUGGAUGGAAAUGUAAAAUAUGGACCAAUAGGUCACUUUUUUAAUGUCUACUCAUCCUGUUUAAUCCCGCCCCUUUUCACAGCGCCAUACAGCAGAAUUUUGCAUGCUCAAACUCUAGUUUCGUUGUGGGAUGAGUUUCAGCAAAUCCUCAGACCUUCAUAAACUCAUGAAGAC